GGAAAGGACGGGCCAACCCGCCAACUUCUUUUCCGCCUCCUUCCUACACUUUGGGACGGAAGGGACUGCGACUUAAACCAUAAGCCUGGGGCCCUGGAGGAAGGAUUUAUUGGUUUGGAUGACAGAAGAAAAAAAAAAAGUGUGUUAUAGACUCGAGCCUCUGCUUUCCACCCUUUUCUGCUAUCCUCAAGCAAAUUAAAAACAAAAUACAAGACCCAAUCCCAAUCAAAGCGCCUGUUUAAAGGGAUUCGUAGAGGUGAGAAAAAGACCGGACCGGACUGGGGAAUCACUUCGGAAACCUCAGGUGUUCUUCUCUGAAGUAAGAUGACUUGUCAAAAAUUUUGUAUGGCUUUGUUACAAUGGGAAUUUAUUUAUGUGAUAACGGCAUUUAACUUGGCAUAUCCCAGUACUCCUUGGAGAUUUAAGCUGUUUUGCAUGCCACCAAACACAACUUACGACUUUCUCUUGCCUGCUGGAAUCUCAAAGAACACUUCAAAUUUGAAUGGAUAUUAUGAACCACUUUUAGAAGCUAAAUUUAAUUCAAGUGGUACCUACUAUUCUAACUUAACAUCCAAAACAACUUUCCACUGUUGCAUUUGGAGUGAGGAAAAUGAAAACUGCUCUGUACAAGCAGACAACAUUGAAGGGAAGGCGUUCAUUUCACCAGUAAAUUCUUUAGUUUUUCAACAAAUAGGUGCAAACUGGAACAUACAGUGCUGGAUGAAAGAGGACUUGGAAUUAUUCAUCUGUUAUAUAGAGCCAUUAUUUAAGAAUUCUUUCAAGAAUUAUGACCUUAAGGUCCAUCUUUUAUAUGUUCUGCCCGAAGUGUCAGAAGAAUCACCGCUGGUCCCUCAGAAAGGCCGUUUCCGGCUUGUUCAGUGCAACUGCAGUGCUCAUAAAUGUUGUGAAUGCCAUGUGUCUGUGCCAGCAGCCAAACUCAACUGCACUCUCUCUAUGUAUUUAAAAAUCACAUCUGGGGGAGUGGUUUUUCAGUCACCUUUAAUGUCUUUUCAACCCAUCACUAUCGUGAAGCCCGAUCCACCAUUCGGUUUGCAUAUGGAAAUCACAGACAGUGGUGAUUUAAAGGUUUCUUGGUCCAGUUCAACAUUGCUACCAUUUCAACUUCAAUAUGAAGUGAAAUAUUCAGAGAAUUCUACAAGUAUGAGAGAAGCUGAUGAGAUCGUCUCAGCCACGUCUCUGCUAAUAGACAGUGUGCUUCCUGGGUCUUCGUAUGAGGUUCAGGUGAGGGGCAAGAGGCUGGAUGGCCCAGGCAUCUGGAGUGACUGGAGCACCCCUCUUAUUUUUACCACACAAGAUGUCAUAUACUUUCCACCUAAAAUUCUGACCAGUGUUGGGUCUAAUGUUUCUUUUCACUGCAUCUACAAAGAUGAAAACAAGAUCGUUUCCUCAAAAAAUAUUGUUUGGUGGAUGAAUUUAGCUGAGAAAAUUCCUGAAAGCCAGUAUAACAUUGUGGGCGACCGUGUUAGCAAAGUUACCCUUCCCAAUUUGAAUGCAACCAGACUGCGAGGAAAGUUCACCUACGAUGCAGUGUACUGCUGCAACGAGCAUGAGUGCCACCAUCGCUAUGCUGAAUUGUAUGUGAUUGAUGUCAAUAUCAAUAUAUUAUGUGAAACUGAUGGGUACUUAACGAAAAUGACUUGCAGAUGGUCAACUAAUGCAAUCCAGUCACUUGCGGGGAGUACUUUGCAAUUGAGGUAUCAUAGGAGAAGCCUUUAUUGUUCUGAUGUUCCAUCUAUUCAUACCACCUCUGAACCCAAAGAUUGCCAUUUGCAGAGAGAUGGUUUUUAUGAAUGCAUAUUUCAGCCAAUCUUUCUCUUAUCCGGCUACACAAUGUGGAUAAGGAUCAAUCACUCUCUGGGUUCAUUGGAUUCUCCUCCAACGUGUGUUGUUCCUGAUUCCAUGAUAAAACCAUUGCCUCCAUCCAGUGUGAAAGCAGAAAUUACUGCAAAAAUUGGAUUAUUGAAAAUAUCUUGGAAAAAGCCCAUUUUUCCAGAGAAUAAUCUUCAGUUCCAGAUUCGUUAUGGCUUAAAUGGAAAAGAAAUACAGUGGAAGAUGCAUGAGGUAUAUGAUGCAAAUUCAAACUCUGUCAGUCUCCCAGUGCCAGACCUGUGUGCAGUCUACGCUGCUCAGGUGCGCUGUAAGAGGCUGGAUGGACUGGGAUAUUGGAGUAAUUGGAGUACUCCAGCCUACACAGUGGUCAUGGAUGUAAAAGUUCCUAUCAAAGGACCUGAAUUUUGGAGAAUAAUUCAUGAAGACAGUACAAAAAAGGAAAGAAAUGUCACUUUACUUUGGAAACCCCUGAUGAAAAACGAUUCAUUGUGCCGUGUGAGAAGAUAUGUAGUAAAGCAUCACACUGCCCGCAAUGGAACAUGGUCUGAAGAUGUGGGCAACCACACCAAAUUCACUUUCCAAUGGACAGAACAAACACAUACUGUUACAGUUCUGGCUGUUAAUUCGAUUGGUGCCUCUUUUGCAAAUUUUAAUUUAACGCUCUCAUGGCCUAUGAGCAAAGUAAAUAUCGUGCAGUCACUCAAUGCUUAUCCUUUAAAUAGUAGUUGUGUGAUUCUUUCCUGGAUGCUAUCACUUAGUGAAUACAAUCUGAUAUAUUUUAUUCUUGAGUGGAAAAUUCUUAAUGAAGACAAUGAAAUUAAAUGGCGUAGAAUCCCUUCGUCUGUUAAGAAGUAUUAUAUCCAUGAUCAUUUUAUCCCAAUUGAGAAGUAUCAAUUCAGUCUUUACCCUAUAUUUAUGGAAGGAGUGGGGAAACCGAAGAUAAUUAAUAGUUUUACCCAAGAUGAUAUUGAAAAACACCAGACUGAUGCAGGUCUAUAUGUAAUCGUGCCAAUAAUUAUUUCUUCAUUAACCUUGUUGCUUGGAGCAUUGCUAAUAUUACAUCAAAGAAUGAAGAAGCUGUUUUGGGAUGAUGUUCCAAACCCCAAGAAUUGUUCCUGGGCACAAGGACUUAAUUUUCAAAAGCCAGAAACGUUUGAGCAUCUUUUUAUCAAGCAUACAGAAUCAGUGACAUUUGGUCCUCUUCUUUUGGAGCCUGAAACCAUUUCAGAAGAUAUCAGUGUUGAUACAUCGUGGAAAAAUAAAGAUGAGAAGGUGCAGACUGCUUUGGUUCCUCUACUUUUGACAACUGCAGAUCUUGAAAAGGGUUCCAUUUGUAUUAAUGACCAACGCAAUAGUGCUAGCUUCUCGGAGGCAGGGAGCACCAAGAUAACCUGUGAGGAUGAAGGCAGGAGACAACCCUCUGUUAAAUAUGCCACCCUGCUCUGCAACUCUAAGUCAAGUGCAAUUGAUGAUGAGCAAGGGCUUAUCAAUAGCUCAGUCAGCAAAUGCUUCUCUAGCAAAAAUUCUCCAUCAAAGGAUUCCUUAUCUAAUAGCUCUUGGGAGAUAGAAACACAGACGUUUUUUAUGUUAUCAGAUCAGCACCCCAAUAUAAUUUCACCAAACCUUACAUUCUCAGAAGAAUUGGAUAAACUUUUGACCCUUGAAGGAAAUUUCUCUGAAGAAAAUAAUGAUGAAAAAUCUGUCUAUUAUUUAGGGGUCACCUCAAUGAAAAAAGAGAGUAGUGUGCUUCUGACAGCAGAGUCAGGGGUGUUGUGUCCAUUCCCCACCCAUUGUUUAUUCACUGACAUCAGAAUCCUCCAGGACAGUUGCUCACACCUUGUAGAAAGUAAUUUCAACUUAGGAACUUCUGGUCAGAAGACUUUUGUAUCUUACAUGCCUCAAUUUCAGUCUUGUUCCAUUCAGACUCAGAAGAUAAUGGAAAACAAAAUGUGUGACCUAACUGUCUAAUUUCAAUCAAGAAACAUCUCAGAUUAUGUUACAAUGAAUCAUAGAAACUGUAAUAUAUUCCCCUGUAGUUGCUAAGGGAGAGAAGAGAAAAUUGUCCGUUAAAUUUGAAAGUGAUUGUUUCAAAAUUAAUGGUGUCUGUCCUUCAGUCAUAUAGACAAAUAAUGUGAGAAAGCCUUCAUGAACCCAGCCAUGUAGACAGUCUCUCCUAAUGAUUCUUUUAACAAGCUACAAUGGGAACGUCUCCAAUGGCUUGUUUCUAGCUAAAAAUAAGCCCAACAACUAUCUUUUAUGAAAGUAGACCUGUUUGGAAAGAUCUAAUCUGAAUUAUGCCUACAUCUGAAAGAAGACUUCAAACUAACACUUGUGAGAUGUAACUCUUGUUUCAAAGAUGUGUUAGUUUUACCUUCAGUUGUCUUUGUUUUACACUAAUUUACGUAUGUGCACAUGAGCACGCACCCAAACACACACCUAACAGGUAUCAUUGUGCAUUUUUAAAGUAUGUGCUGUAUUUGUAUUUUGUGCUACUAGACUGUGCGAGUUAAAGAUUUUUUAAUUUAACUUGCCUUGAGCACUUAUUCUGUGUUAGACACUCCACUAAAUGUUGUAUAUAAAUAGAAGAUUUAGCCCUGGUCUAGGGGGUAUACUUGUGAAGACUGAAAAGCAAGCCAAUAUUUAUGUAUCAAAUCUAAGAUAUGUACCAUAGAAUGAAACCACUUAUUAUAAUGGCAAUCCCCACAGACAGUAUUUGGAGGACAACACAAGCACUUUUGAAAACAUGCCUGUCUCAACUCUUCUCUGUAAAUAUGUUGAAAUGUUCACUUUCUUUCUUUUUUUAUAAUGAGUAUUUUU